AUGUCAACUGCAAGUGCCACUCCAGGAGCUCCGGGGUCAAUCGAUGACCUCAAACAACUACUUCUCUUCGAUGUCAAGGUUAAAGUUGCAGUGGAUGGCGUUCUCAGAGGAAAAUUCAUGUCCAAAGAUAAGUUUCUAGGCGCCGUUGCCUCAGAAGGAUUUGGAUUUUGUAGCGUGAUUUUUGGCUGGGACAUGCACGAUUCAGUCUACACUCGGGAACUGGCCAUAUCAAAUAAAGAGAACGGUUACUGCGACAUAAUGGCUUCGAUAGACUUAUCGACAUUUCGUCGCAUACCUUGGGAAAACAACGUACCUUUUUUCCUUGUCUCAUUCUUUGAUCCGAAGACUUCAGCGCCUAUUUGCGCGGAUCCUAGAGGCGUUCUGCGUAAAGUUGUCGACAAUGCGGCUGCUCAUGAUUUGGAAUGCAUCUCUGGUGUGGAGUUUGAGAUUUAUUCAGAAACCCCCGAGUCCGUAGCUCAAAAGGGCUUCACCCGGCUGCAGCCAUUAACCCCAGGAAUGCAUGGAUAUAGCUUAUUGCGUACUCAAUUGAACCAAGAAUAUUUUCACGCGCUGUUCGAUGAGAGUCUGAAAUUUGGCAUAGAUAUUGAAGGACACCACACCGAAACGGGUCCAGGUGUCCUCGAGACUGCGCUCGCUUAUACAUCGGCUAUGAGAAUAGCGGACAAUGCUAUCCUUUACAAGUUCUUGGCGAAGAGUGUUGGGCUGAAGCAUGGAGUCCUCCCUAGUUUUAUGGCGAAACCAUGGGGAAAUCUACCAGGCUGCAGCGGACAUGUACAUGUAUCACUUAAAGACAGAGAAGGCCGCAACGCGUUCUCACUUUCAGAGGCGGACCAAUACCUAAGUCAACUUGGGGAGCACUUUCUGGCAGGUGUAUUGGAUGGCCUUCCUGAUGGUAGGAUUUUUUUGUUCGGUUAUGGUCUUGUCCCAACGAUCAAUGGCUAUAAACGUCUCGUUGGUGGUGAAGCCUUUUGGGCUCCUAACGCAGUUACAUAUGGGUACGAUUCUCGUGCAGCUUCCAUUCGUAUCAUCUCGCCACCGUCUGUUCCACCAUCCGCAACAAGACUUGAAGUCCGUGUACCUGGUGCCGAUAUGAAUCCCUACUUUGCAUUGAGUGCCAUCUUCCAACUGGGCAUGCGGGGCAUUACCAAACAACUCAAGCUCACGACGCCCCCCAUCUCUACUUACCAAAGCUACCCAGCCAGGAAGGAGGUCACCUCGCUUCCUAGUUCGUUGGAAGAUGCGACCAACGCUAUGAUGAAGCCUGACAGCAUUGCCCGUGAGGUAUUCGGAGAUGAUUUUGUGGAUCACUUCGGUGCAACCAGGGAGCAUGAGGUGAGACUUUGGAAUGCGGCAGUGACAAAUUGGGAAGUUGAAAGAUACCUUGAACUUGCAUAA